UAGGCUUGAGCCAUACAUGGCGGCCAUCCUGGAUGCUUUCGCACCAUACGUGAAGAAGCUUACCGCGGACAUGGCACGAGAUGAGGUGUCCAUGCUGCUUGGCGUCUCUAGCGAGAUCACUAGGCUUGAGGACAACAUGGAAGGCCUCAAAGCCUUCCUCAAAGAUGCCGAGAGGAGGCGCAUCACCGACACAAGCGUGCAAAGAUGGUCAACAAAGCUCAAGAACGCCAUGUAUGACGCCACUGACAUCCUCGACCUGUGCCAGCUCGAGGCUGCCAAGCGGAGGGAGUCUAGAAGUGGUGGCACUGUGGAGCAUAAGUCUCCCGGCUGUUUCCAGCCAUUGCUCUUCUGCCUGCGGAAUCCCGUGUUCGCACACAAGAUAGGCAGCCGCAUCAAGGAGCUGAACCAGCGACUGGAAGGCAUCCACAAGGAGGCAGACAAGUACAAGUUCAGUAUUGGCCUUGGUUCCAGUCCGAAGCCAAUGAAGCUAACUGCUGCUGAGUUAUCCAGCUAUAGGACAAUUUCACAUGUCGACGAGUCAGCCAUAGUUGGGGAACAGAUAGAGAGGGAUACAAGGGAGCUCGUCCAGGUGCUAACCUCAAGUGAUAAUAAUCACAGCAUCAAAGUCGUGUCUAUAAUUGGUGUUGGUGGCAUGGGAAAGACUACUCUUGCUCAGAAGAUCUUCAAUGACCCAACCAUCCAAGAAAACUUCAAGACCAAGACAAUAUGGCUAAGCAUCACUCAACACUUUGAUGAGUUUGAGCUACUGAGGACAGCAAUCAAGCAUGCUGGAGGCGGCGACCAUGGUGCCGAGAAGGACAAAAGCACUCUGACGGAGACCCUAUUCCACACCCUGUCCAGUGGACGGUUUCUGCUAGUGAUGGAUGACGUCUGGAGCCAGCAAGUGUGGAACGACGUGCUUAGUGUCCCAGUGAGAAAUGCUAGCAAGAAACAACCUGGAAGCAGGGUCCUUGUCACCACAAGAUCUGCACACCUACCACAACAGAUGCAAGCCGUGCUGCACGAACACCAUGUCAGGCCUCUAGGCAAUGAAGAUGCCUGGUCCUUGCUCAAGAAACAGCUACGGCCUGAUCAGCUAGCUUAUGAGAGUAGCAAAAGAGACCAGCAAAACUAUGAUCUAGCAGACAUAGUCAAAUCUAUUAACCAAAUGACAGAUCUGAUGAGCUAUUAA